AUGGCAACCUCGACUCCUCUUCUACACGAUUCUGAGGGCAGCACCCUUUCAACGCUUUCUGUUGACACCAGCACACCUGUGACCACUUCUACCCCCGUCAGUUCAACUCUUACAACUCCUGAAGUCACCACCAUGCCAAUCUCCACUCCUAGUGAAGGAAGCACUCCAUUAACCACUAUUCCUGUCAGCACUACAUGUGUGACCAGUUCUCAAGGUAGCACCCUUUCAACACCUUCUGUUGAAACCAGCACACCUGUGACCACUUCUACCCAAGUCAGUUCAUCUCUUACAACUCCUGAAGGUACCAGUAUGCCAAUCUCGACUCCUAGUGAAGGAAGCACUCCAUUAACCACUAUUCCUGUCAGCACUACAUGUGUGACCAGUUCUCAAGGUAGCACCCUUUCAACACCUUCUGUUGACACCAGCACACCUGUGACCACUUCUACCCAAGUCAGUUCAUCUCUUACAACUCCUGAAGGUACCAGUAUGCCAAUCUCGACUCCUAGUGAAGGAAGCACUCCAUUAACAAUUUUGCCUGUCAGCACCACAUCGGUGACCCUUUCUGAUCUUAGCACACCUUCAAUACCUCCUGUUGACACCAGCACUCCUGUGACCACUUCUACACAAGUCAGUUCAUCUCCUACAACUCCUGAAGGUACCAGUAUGCCAAUCUCGACUCCUAGUGAAGGAAGCACUCCAUUAACAACUAUUCCUGUCAGCAGCGCACAUGUGACCAGUUCUGAGGGUAACACCCUUUCAACACCUUUUGUUGACACCAGCACACCUGUGACCACUUCUACUGAGGCCAUUUCAUCUUCUGCAACUCUUGACAGUACCACCAUGUCUGUGUCUGUACCCACGGAAAUCAGCACCCUUGGGACCACUAUUCUUAUCAGUUCCACCCCUGUAACGAGGUUUCCUGAGAGUAGCACCCCGUCCAUACCAUCUGUUGACACCAGCUUGUCCGUGACCACUGCCUCUGAAGGAAGUUCAUCUCCUACAACUCUUGAAGGCACCACCAUGCCUGUGUCAACUACGAGUGAAAGAAGCACUUUACUGACAACUCUCCUCAGCCCUAUAUCUGUGACGAGUCCUUCUGAGGCCAGCACACUUUCAACACCUCCUGGUGAUACCAGCACACCUUUGCUUACCUCUACCGAAGCCAGUUCAUCCUCCAUACCUGCCGAAGGCACUACCAUACAUAUUUCAACUACCAGUGAAAGAAGCACUCCAUUAACAACUCCUCGUGUUAGCACCACACCUCCAACUAGCUUUACUGAG